UGUGUGACAGUGUCCAGGAAAAUGGAGCUGGAUGAAGCCUUGCUGGAGAUGGUGGUGGUGGAUGCCCAGCCACUGAGCAUUGUGGAGAAUGCAGGGUUCAAGGCCUUUGUCAAUCUCCUGGAUCCCACAUAUAUUAUCCCUGGGAGGAAGACCUUAAAGGCAAUGCUGCAGAAAAAAUAUAAAGACACCAAGGAGAAGGCUGUGGCUGAGCUUGGGAAGGCAUCCACAGUAAGCCUGACUGCAGACAUGUGGACAUCCAUAAACAUGGAUGCCUACUUGGCAGUAACAUGCCACUAUGUCACAGCAGAGGCCAAGCUUUCCACUGUGCUGUUAGGAGUGAGGAAGUUCCCUGACACGCACACAGCAGCUAACAUCGCUGAAGCAAAGUCAGCCCUUAUGACAGACUGGGGAAUUACAGGGAAGGUAAAUAGCUUGGUGACCGACUGUGCGUCAAACAUGAUUGCAUGUGCUAAUCAGUUACAUCUCCGCCAUGUCCCUUGUUUCGCACAUGUUUUAAACCUUGUGGUGAAACGAUCCCUUGCUCUAACCCCUGAGCUGGAAGAAAUGCGGUCUCGUGCACGCCGCAUUGUCCAUCUUUUUAAAUGCAGCACAACUGCCAAGGAAAAACUGUGCGAAAUCCAGCUACAGAUGGGUAGACCUCUGCUGAAGCCAAUCCAAGAAGUGGAUACAAGGUGGAAUAGCACCUAUGCCAUGCUGCAGAGGAUCCAUGACCUGCGAGAGCCUUUGGGAGCAACUUUGGCUAAUCUAACUAAUGACAUCACUCCCUUUUCAGCAGAAGAAUACGAGUCCAUCCAGCAGUGUCUGCUGGUUCUGAAGCCAUUCCACCUGGCCACUGUCGAACUGUCUGAAGAACAACGAGUGUCUGGCUCCAAAGUCAUUCCGAUGGUGAAGAUGUUAAGACAUCGUACUGGCAGACUGUGUACAACAAUGGCAAACCCGUUGGAGCAGAAACUGGCCAGUAAUGUGCAAAGCACUCUAAAUGACAAGUUUGCCAUUGUUGAAAAAAUGACUGCUCUCAGUGUGGCAACACUUGUGGACCCGAGGUACAAGGAGAUGGGGUUCUGCAGUGCAAACUCGUCUCAGGCUGCAGUGGAGAGACUCACCAGGGAAUGUGCCAACAUCAUUCCACCACCACCACCACCACCACCACCCUCCUCACAGGAGUCUUCAGAGCAGGAGGACAAUCUCUGGGGCCUGCUUGACAGCCACGUUGGCACACAACGUGGUUCCAACGCAACAGCCAGUGCCAUUGCCGAGGUCCAGAGGUAUUUGAAAGACCCACAUUUGCCUAGGUCAGAGGACCCUCUUAAAUACUUGGGAAAGGCACCACCUUGGCUGUUCCAGCUCUCUCAAAUAGCCAUGCGCCAUCUGUGCACUCCAGCAUCCUCAGUGCCAUUCAAAAACAAGUUUGGGCUUCCUGAUGUAGCUCAACUUGACAUUUUUGAUGAAACUGACACAGCAGUAGAGGAAGACAUUCUUCUAGAGCUGUUGGAGGCCAAUCCAGACAUGUGCCUGACACUCUCUGAGCGUCUGUGUGUCCAUCAGCUCUCUGAGCGUUUGGCGGUGAGUUCCUGCAGGCGGCGGCUGCGGAGGAAACUCGAUGUGCGACUGCUUCCUUCUUCUUCUGUGGUGGCUGAAGAAUGCAGCGAGGCUCCGGAUCCUCUCUGGGCUGCUGUAUUGUCUCAGCCACUUCCUGUUUCCUGUCUGCAGAGCGGGGAUUGUUGUUUGGGCAGCGAGGAGGAAACAGGACGCAGAGUCCCGAAUGUCAACGAGCAGCUGUUCUCCACGUCCUCCUAA